AUGGAGCUCAAGAGAGGAAAGACCUUCAUAAAAUCCAGUGUGCAACAUGAGAAAGUGCCACCAGAGCACACAGUCCCUAUCAACAAAGAUGAUACAGGGAAAGACAAAAAGGCAGCUCUGGAGAGAAACCAAAGUGUAGCUGAAGUCCAGCUGGCAUGUUUGGCUACACACAAGAACUACAGGUUUUCCACCAGAGCAGCAAGGAAUGGUGCUGGUGACAACUGUCUGGAAAAAUCAUCUGGAUCCUCCUACAAACUUGUAAGGAAGAGUAAAACCCAUGACUGUGUUACUGAGGCAGACAAAGCAGAGCAGUGCAGUCCCAGCAGCACAGCUUGUGAGGAAGGGUUUUCUGGAAAGGGUAAGGGGCGACUUGUCAAUAGCAUCAGCUUUUCAGGGAUGUCCAGCUCCAGCAGUAAGAAAGAGNNNNGGGUCCCCCCCAGCCAGUCUGCAUGCAGCAGUCAGAUGAUUGAUUACAGGAACUUUGUGCCACAGAUGCCUUUUGUACCAGCUGUUGCAAAAACCAUUCCCAGGAAGAGGAUUUCCCUCAAAAGAUCUAAGAAAGGGCUCCGAGAUAUAUUUCAUAUAAAAAAAAAUAAACCAGAAAGCCUCACAAUCCUGGUUGAGAAGGACAAGAAUCUGUCCUCUCCAGGCUGCAAGAGUGAGUUGUCUGGGCGUCUUGCAAAAUACCUUUUCAAAACUGGAGAAACAUUUGCAGCAGACUGCUUGUCACAAGAUUGCUCAGACAGUGAACUGCAGUCUGACUCUUCCUAUGACUGCUGCAAUGUCCUGUGUGAAGAUGUUGCCUCGCUGAAGAGCUUUGAUUCCCUCACUGGCUGUGGGGAAAUCUUUGCUGAUGAGAGCUCUGCUCAUAUGGAGCUGGAGAACAGCAAAGAAGUUCUGCUUAGACGAAGCAAGCAUAAAGACAGCCCAGUCAUGGGCUCUUUCCAAGGGGGUGUGGAACAGCUGGCCUCUCCUGGCCAGAACGAGACCAUUGAAUUUGCAAAAUUUUGGGACAACAUCAACAAAUCAGUAAGGCUACAUCAGAGUGCUCUAUUUGAUAAGAAGUUACUGAAGACACCUGGUCCUGGCAUGGAAAAGGCUAGAAGCCAGGCUGCUGCACCUGUGACAGACCCCCAAGUGACAACUGAUGAAGAAGGUGACAAUUCCAAAGACAGCUUCACAGAGACAGGAACGCCAAAAAGUGACAACCAGGAAUCUACUUCCACAAGUGAUGAAGGCUACUAUGAUUCUUUCUCUCCUGGACAAGAUGAUGAGAUGAAGGAAGCUCAGACCCCUGCACUCCCAGGUAGAUUUCCAAGAGACAGCUACAGUGGAGAUGCCCUUUAUGAGCUAUUCUAUGACCCAAAUGAAGUCAAAAUAAAUCCUAUCCUAGAUGAUGAUUUGUGCACAUCUGAAAGCAUUUCAGAGCAAGCAAUUGAAAUCCCUUUGUCCAUUUACAGCUUUCAUGUUGGAGCUGAGGAGAACAUGGCUUCCCAACCAGCUCUAGACAUUAUCAGCCAGGGUUUUUUUCACAGCACAUGGAAAGGCAAAGAAUGUCUGCUAAAGCUCUGUGAUACUGAGCUUUCCUUGACCAUGGGGAUAAUAAACUGGCUUAGAAAACACGCAGGACUUGUUUCCUCCCCUGACUCUCUUCAGAGUCCUCAAUCACGGCCAGAAAAAUGUAAUGAUUCAUUGAUCCUGCCCAGUCCUAGUCCAGAGCAGAAGGUGAGCACAGAAGCUCAGCAGGAGAAACCAAGCAAGGAAGAAUGUAACACAUUUAACCCAUGUGUGUCUUUGGAUGAAGGCAAACAUGCAACACAGGCCUCUUCAGUAAACAUUGCUGAAAGAGACCUCAGCCUGGGCUCUUGCCAAGACACAUGUAAUUUGGAUUUCCAAGGAGAGAUAAGGAGUCACCACAAGGAUUCAUCUACAGCUCCUGGGACUGUGGAAACCACCAGAUCAUCAAGUUAUGCACCACAAUCACAGGCUCAUGGAGACAAUCUGCAGACGUCUUCAACUGAGAAUGAGAAGGAGACAAUUUCAGAAGGAUAUGAGGCAUCUGGAGAAAAAAACCCACUACCAGAAAAGCUGAACAGAGAGAGUGGCUCCCAGAGCUCUGAAAACCCUUUGCUAGAUGAUAAUCACGAAGUAGAAUCAUGUUACUCCUACAAGACUGCUGCAACCUCGCUCCUGGAUUCUCUGGAGAGGGAAGACAGGAAUAAACCAAUGUAUCACACUAUUUCCUGUGACAAACCACUCCAGCCUCUUACCCUCAGGGGCUUUCAAAGCUACAUGAGCCCCACACCAAUGGAGAGCAGUGCUAACAUAGUGCAGCUCCUAGAGCACUGUGUAACACAAGUGGCAUCAUUACAAAUCAGCUAUGAAAACAAGCACCUGGAAGACAAAUGCAUUGGGAAUGAAAUGAACAAUAUAAUUUGUCAGAUGUCUCAGUACAAAAAUAAGUUAUUUUUGCAAAAUGACUGCAAUCACAUUGCUCAAAAUCCAGAAUACUGCAGUAUUCCUAGCACAAAUCAAUACAACCAUGAGUCAGGUUUCCAAUCCAGCAGUCUGUAUCAUCUGAAGCAAAAUGGGGAGCAAAUUUGCUCUGAAGAUCAGAAGAGUAGAGCAAAUAUCCUAGAUGAGGUCACGAGAAGGAAAAUAAAUUUUGAGUAUGCCCAGCUAAAUAAUCAAGCACUCUCAUACUUAAAAGACUUUCCAUUUGAUCUCAGUCCAGGUGACUCUGUCCCUGCUACAACUCUUAGUAGACCUACAUUUUUACCUCUCUUUAACCCUGUCUGCUCAGACAUACCUGCUAGUUUUCCACAAGCUUCAUACAGCAGCACUGUCUCUCUGGCUGACUCUCUGCAGCCUCAGGAGGCCAAGGACAGCCCAGGGCCACGGAGUUACGCAGAGACUCCCUGCAGGGGCUUGGCUACUGGGACCACACUGUCCCCUUGCCCAGGGGCAGCCACUCCAGACAUGACCCUGGCAGGGGGAAACCACCAGUAA